CUACAAAUAAAAAGUUUAUAAAAAAAAAAGAAAGAAAAAAAAAAAAAAAAGAAGUAAAUACCGAGGUUGACGCCACAGCAAAUAGGUGCCUUUCUCCUUUCUCUACGGCGUGCGUUUCUGCUGUCGAGCGAUCCCCCAAAUUCUCACUCACAAUGGAGUCCUGCCCUGCAAUUAAGAACAUUCUGCUUCUAGAUUCCGAUGGAAAGCGUGUUGCUGUAAACUACUUCUCAGAUGAUUGGCCAACAAAUGCUGCAAAGGAAGCUUUUGAGAAGGCUGUGUUUGCCAAGACUCAAAAGACUAAUGCUAGGGCAGAAGCGGAGAUAACAAUGUUUGAUAAUUAUAUUGUUGUCUACAAGUUUGCCCAAGAUCUUCAUUUCUUUGUUACUGGAAGUGACAAUGAAAAUGAAAUAAUCCUUGCCAGUGUGCUCCAAGGAUUCUUUGAUGCUGUUGGUAUUCUUCUUAGGGGCAAUGUAGAGAAGAGGGAGGCACUUGAAAAUUUGGACAUUAUUCUUUUGUGUCUUGAUGAAAUUGUUGAUGGCGGUAUUAUUCUUGAAACGGAUGCAAAUGUUAUUGCCGGGAAAGUGGCAAGCAAUAGCGUGGAUUCUGGGGCACCUCUGUCGGAGCAGACUAUAAGUCAAGCAUUGGCAACUGCACGAGAACAUUUAGCGAGGUCUCUUCUCAAAUGAUUUGUUGGGUCGACAAAAGAUAAGGAAACCAAGGUCUUGCAAGGCCAUAUAUCUUUCCUUCUGAAUGAACUAAUCGAUGAGCAUCAAGUUGCAUGUAUUUUGGCUCUUAAAGUUUCAGCUUACGUCGAGUCUGUUGUUUCUAAAUGUUUGGAUUUUGUUGGACACGCUAAGAUGUAAUGCAAACUUGAUUCUUUUGUAGAGCGGGGGAAAGAACUCGUUUGCAAUGUGGAUUUUGGGCUCA